GAUUAUGUUGUCGGAAAUUUUGUACCAAAACUCCUUCAAGGUGUUGUAGACCAUCAUGGACUAUUUAUUAAUUAUGAUAUCGGGUAUUUAGUAUCUGUUCAUGAUAUAAUAGUUUUUCAGAAUUCGAAUUUAUAUCAUAAUUUUUUUGAAGAGGAUGAUUAUAUAUUAGCAGAUUCUAUUUAUCCUAUUUCUCGUAUUCGCAUUCCUUCAUCCAAAGCACCAUUAGAUACUAAAAUUGCUACAAAACUUAUUAAAAUUGCAAUAAUUCUUUAUAACUUAGUUAAGAGAGGUGAUGAUGUUUGGGAGUUACCAGAAGAACUAGAUCGUCAAAUCGAAAAAAAUGAAAAAGUUUCACGCAGUCGAAAUAAUCAAAAACUCUAUUCAGAAUUUCAUCAAUCAGAAGUGGAUUUGUUGGAUAUUAUUCAAGUUCCGAAAACUGAGGAAUUCCAAAAAAAAAUGUUUGAAGAUAUUUCCAAAGAUCUAAUUGCAAGUUUUGCAGAGUUUCUUGGAACUGCAUAUUUUUUAUUCUUUGGAGUUGGAGGAAACCUUGCAAUCACAAACAAUAUCUCGGAUACUACUCCUGGCGUCGGAGUGAUUGCGGGUCCAUUUGCUUGGGGAUUUUCUCUUUUAGUAAACGUUUGGGUAUGGGGACCAAUUUCUGGCGGAGUACUUAACCCUGCUAUAACCAUCGGAUUAAUGGUUACUCAAGACUUUAAACUUGUCAAAGGAAUUUUAUACAUCAUUGCUCAAUUCCUAGGCGCUUUACUUGGUGCAUAUUUAAUUGAAACUGUUCAGCCUGGUCCAUCCGGCGGUGCCACCACUUUGGCUAGUGGAACCACAGUUAUGGAAGGACUGUUAUUAGAAACGUUUUGUACUUCAAUACUCACAUUCGCCGUGUUCAUGCUUGCUAUCGAAAAAAAUGCAGAAUGGGGUGCGGCAAUUGGCAUUGGAUGGGCUCUAUUUAUUUCUGCUAUUGCAGCUGGUCCAUAUACGGGUGCUAGUUUAAACCCAGCAAGAACUUUUGGUCCAGCUCUAAUCACUGGAGAUUACGGAACGGCAAACUGGAUAUAUUAUAUUGGACCGAUUCUUGGCGCAUUAUUAGCAGCUGCAUUCGUGACAUUAUUCAGGAAAUUGAAUUACAAACCAAAGUAUAAAGACCAAGACUUAGAACAACCGAGAGAACCUAAAAAUAAAGGUCGAGAACGUGUUUAUGAUGAAGAUUUGGGAACAGAAAAUUUGGGACAAAUCGAGUUGAUCGAUAAUAGAAAUAAUAGACAGUGA